AUGCAGGAAUAUGAUAUUAUAGUGCUUGGAACAGGGCUUAAGGAAUGUGUCCUCUCAGGUUUAAUGUUACUAAAAGGUAAAAAGGUCCUUCAUAUUGACAAGAAUGCUUACUGCGGAGGAGAGAGUGCGUCAAUAUCUCCCCUCGAGCAGCUGUACAGGAGGUUCAAGGUUUCUGGACCAGUCACAGCUACUGGUCGUGGUAAAGAGUGGAACAUUGAUCUUAUUCCCAAGUUUUUCCUUGCCAAUGGUCAACUAGUGAAAAUGUUAGUGUAUACUGAUGUAACUCGCUAUCUGGACUUCCGAGUGGUGGAAGGAAACUACGCGUACAAAGCGGGAAAACUGCACAAGGUCCCUGUCACUGAGGACGACGUCCACAGUUCAGAUCUGAUGGGCAUGUUUGACAAGAGGAGGUUCAGGAAGUUGUUGCUUUUCGCCCAAACAUUUGACGUGACAAAACCUCACACACAUCAGGAUUUGGACCCACAAGAAACCACAACUCGAGAUCUGUUCUCUCACUUUGACCUUGGCCUGGACGUUGUGGAGUUUAUUGGUCAUGCCGUAGCCCUGCACAGCAGCGAGAGUUAUCUGGACCAGCCCUGCGUGGAAACCAUCAAACGGAUCAGAUUGUAUGCUGACUCUCUUGCUCGCCACAACACCAGCCCAUACCUUUAUCCUGUGUUUGGACUGGCAGAACUACCGCAAGGAUUUGCCAGAUUGAAUGCAGAGUACGGAGGAACGUUCCUGCUUAACCAAACGGUGGAUGAGAUCGUGAUGGAUGACGGCAAAGUGACAGCUGUGAAAUCUAAAGGGAAGUUGUUCCGCUGUAAACAGCUCAUCUGCGGCCCCAGCUACGUUCCCAACCGAGUGAGGAAAGUGGGGCGAGUCAUCAGGGUUAUCUGUUUAUUAAAUCAUCCGGUUAAAAACACUCAAGAGGCCAAAUCGUGCCAGAUUAUCAUCCCUCAAACACAACUAAACAGGAAGUCUGACAUCUUCAUAUCUGUAGUGUCCUAUGUACACAACGUGGCCUCGGAUGGGUUUUACAUCGCCACAGUGAGCACCAUUGUUGAAACCAAACACCCAGAGAAAGAAGUGCAGCCAGCCUUGGAGCUUCUGGAGCCCAUCAUGCAAAAAUUCGUUUCGGUCAAGAGCCUACUUGUUCCAAAUGAUGACGGAAAGAUAAGUCAGAUUUUUGUAUCUCGCUCAUAUGAUGAAACAAACCACUUUGAGAGUGAGUGUGAAGACAUUGAGGACCUGUACCUUCGAAUCACUGGCACCAACUUUUGCUUCACCUCACACAGGCAUCAGUCACGCAGCUCAGAUGAAGACUGA